UGAUUGCACGGCGCCUCAUCUACCGUUGCCUCUGCCUUUUCUUUGUCCUGGGCCUUAUCCCUUGAUACGAAUAAUCUCAUGAGCACACGCUGGUCGACGCUCGACACUCGUACCGGACUAUAAUCCGCCACAAUGCCAGGAACGGUUGCAGAUGGGCCAACCGUGGCCAUGUCGUUUGCCAAUAAUUUUUGGGGGAAGGAGGAUGCGGGUGUUGGGCCGAUGUUGGAUCGAAUGCAUACUUCCAAGGUGUCUUGCGAUGAGUUGAAGACCUUCUACAGCAUUCGAGGCGCCAUCGAAGACGAGUACGCGCGGAAGCUUUUGGCAUUGUGUCGCAAGCCCUUGGGGUCCACCGAGAUAGGUUCUCUUCGCACAUCAUUCGAUACCGUCCGCGGGGAAACCGAAGCCAUUGCGAAGGCCCAUGCAGCAAUUGCUGGUCAGAUGAAGAGGGAGCUGGAGGAACCAUUGGUAGCCUUUGCGGGUGGCUCAAAGGAGCGGAGGAAGAUCAUACAGAACGGGAUUGAGCGUUUACUGAAAACGAAGAUUCAACAGACCCAGACGGUGAACAAGACCCGGGAUCGAUAUGAACAAGACUGCUUAAGAAUCAAGGGCUAUCUUGCACAAGGACAUAUGGUCAUGGGCCACGAAGAGCGGAAGAACAAGGCGAAGUUGGAAAAAACACAGAUACAGCUUGCAUCUAGCAGCAGUGAAUACGAAGCAGCGAUCAAGGUUCUGGAGGAGACUACCGGACGUUGGAACAAGGAGUGGAAGUCAGCUUGCGAUAAAUUCCAAGACCUCGAGGAGGAAAGACUCGACUUUACGAAAAGCAGCCUGUGGACGUACGCAAAUAUUGCAUCGACUGUUUGCGUGAGCGACGAUGCGUCCUGUGAGAAGGUCCGUCUGUCACUGGAGGACUGCGAGGUUGAAAAGGACAUUAUCUUUUUCAUCAAAGAGAAGGGAACCGGUCAAGACAUCCCUGAUCCACCCCGAUUCAUCAAUUUUUGUCGAGGAGAUAUCAAUGAUACGAGCUCGGAAGUAUCCGAAGAGGAUGGGUAUUCAGUAGCCCAAUUUCAGCGCACCAUAAACCCAGCAUACCGCACUUCAUCCCCACAGCCUUCAUCUCAUGAGCCGAUUAGCGACCCGGAUGCCGAGAUUGUGGCCAAGGUCAAUGAGCAUUCGAACCCUUCCAGCAGGGAAGCGACAGUCACUCCGCAAAAGCCACCUCAGCCACCGAUGCAACAGCCUCCACAGCAGCCAGUCUAUCAGACCGUGCAAAUGCCGGUGAUGCAGGCUCCUAUGCAGCAGCCCAUGUCACAGCCGAUGCAGCAACCUAUGCAACAUCCCGCCCCCUUGGAUCUCCGCCGUGGUGGCCAGCUUCCACCAAAUUAUGACCCCAAUCAACAUGGCGAGAUUACAAAGAUACCUCAUAACGCAUACCCGACAGAUGGAAUGACGAUGUUUUGCAGAACGGGUCCUCCUUCGGAGCGUAGCUCGGGAACAAACAGCGCCUAUCGACCAUCAAGCCGUGAUUCUCAGAGUGAGGUUUCCAACCCAACUUCGAUGUCCAGUCAAGAGCCAGUAAGUGCCAGACAGUCUCCCACCAAGCCGACAAACGGUGUGGCCCUUCCAGGUAUUGGCGGAGAUAAGCAAGUUCAGAAGAAGAGGAGCGCAUUCUUCAGCAAUAGUCCUUUCCGUCGCAAGAGUCGCCAUGACAAAGACCGCAACUCAGGCCCAUCUCAAACCCCGUCUCGCAGCACCUGGGAUUCACCUUCAAAGCAAAGUAGCCCAACAAAGGCCAUCCAGCCCCAGCAGCCAGUGUCUGCCCCUCCAGCUGGUCGGUUGUCAGGAAGCCCUGAGCCUGUGGAUCCUCGGGCAAACUUCCAACUCAAUGUCGGAAACAACGUGUUCGACGUGGAGUCCCCAGACAAGGAUAGCAAGAAGGGUUCCCAGGCCCAGGUGGCCCAGGAAGGAGAACUGGAUCCCAUCGCGCGCGCUUUAGCGGACCUGAAGGGGGCCGGGAAGCAGUCAGCCACCCGAGUGUCUGCCGACAGAUACCAUGGCAUUGCUACACCGGUGCCCUCGGUGCCUACCCCCGGCUCUGUGGCCACACCACCUCCAGCUUAUAACGAUACAUCGCUGAAACGCCUCGAUGCGCCGCAGCCCGCCUUCACGUCGGCCCAGAUGCAGAAAACCACGCAAAGGUACACCGGUCAGACCCAGAGCAGGAUGCGCGGUUCGAGUAAGCCCCCGUCCAUGUCAAGCCGGACCAGCGCACAGUCCCAGGAAAUUCCUCGAGCUCGAUCGCCUGCCCCAGGACGCAGUGCAAGUCCCCACGUCAGCCCUCGGGUGGACACGCGCAUGGGCCAGUAUAGCAGAGCGGCGAGCCCCAGUCCAAGCACGUACCAGUCAAACAGCAUGAACAACCGGUACAGCCAGUCUCCAACUGUCUCGACUCCUCCUCAGCGCCCCAUGGAUACGGCCUCCAGGCGAGGAUCUGCCAACACUAUGCCGCGGGCCGUCUCUCCCCAGCCUCAAUACAGACAAUCCCCCACCAUGGCGCCGCGAGCCGUGUCCCCACAGCCGCCGCAGUUUAGACAGCCCCAGGCCUCCAUGCCUCGAGCUGUCUCGCCGCAGCCCCAAUUCAGGCAACAGGCUCGGCCUUCGAGCGCUGGCGGGAUGGAGCUUCAGCUGUCGGGCCAACCUGACAUGUACUCUGGCAGUCGUGACAGCUACGGCUCUCGACGUGGCAGCGGCAGACCAAUGUCCUACUACGACGAUUCGGCCAGCGUGAGGAGCAGAUCCAGGAGCAGAACCGUGGCCGUUGCCGACCCCGGCAGACAAUUUAGUCGCGAUGGUCGACCCAUCCUCCAUUUCGCACGAGCUAUGUACAGCUACGGUGCAGCUAUCCCCGAAGAACUCGGAUUCACUAAAGGCGACGUCCUCUCCGUGAUCCGACUCCAGGACGACGGCUGGUGGGAAGCCGAGAUCACCACUUCGCGGAGCCGACCCGGUCUGGUGCCGAGCAACUAUCUCCAAAUCAUCUAAACAACAACAGCUCCUACUAUUACAAUCUACAAGUAUCUACGAUCAUUCCACUUCCCCACGAUCCA